AUGGAGCAAGAGUGCCGAGUGCUCUCCAUCCAGAGCCAUGUUGUCCACGGCUACGUGGGAAACCGCUCCGCCACCUUCCCACUGCAGGUGCUUGGAUUUGAAAUCGACGCCCUUAACUCUGUGCAGUUUUCAAACCACACAGGAUAUGCCCACUGGAAGGGCCAAGUGCUGAACUCCGACGAGCUCCACGAGUUGUAUGAAGGCCUCAAGCUGAACAACGUGAACAAGUAUGACUACGUGCUCACGGGCUACACCCGGGACGCAUCCUUCCUGGCCAUGGUGGUGGACAUCGUGCGGGAGCUGAAGCAGCAGAACUCCAGCCUCGUGUAUGUGUGCGACCCAGUGAUGGGAGACAAGUGGAAUGGUGAAGGCUCAAUGUAUGUUCCGGAGGAUCUCCUUCCAGUUUACAAAGAAAAGGUCGUGCCUCUUGCUGACAUCAUAACUCCGAACCAGUUUGAGGCUGAGAUACUGAGUGGCAGAAAGAUCCACAGCCAGGAAGAAGCACUGGAGGUGAUGGACAUGCUACACUCCAUGGGCCCUGACACUGUGGUCAUCACCAGCUCUGAUCUUCCAUCCUCGAGGGGCAGUGACUACUUGAUUGCACUUGGCAGCCAGAGGACAAGGCAGCCUGAUGGUUCUGUGAAGACGGAGCGGAUCCGGAUGGAGAUGCGCAAGGUGGAUGCUGUCUUUGUUGGCACGGGGGACCUCUUUGCUGCCAUGCUCCUGGCCUGGACACACAAGCACCCAAACAAUCUCAAGGUGGCAUGUGAGAAGACUGUGUCUGCUAUGCACCACGUGCUGCAGAGGACCAUCCAGUGUGCGAAAGCCCAGUCUGGGAAGGGGCAGAAACCCACCUCGGCCCAGCUAGAGCUCAGGAUGGUGCAGAGCAAGAGGGACAUCGAGAACCCGGAGAUUGUAGUGCAGGCCACAGUGCUGUAA